GUUUUCACCACCCAAAUCAAAAGGGCGUGAAACAAAUCAAAUACAAUAAUAGCGCCUCAAAAUCUCUCUCUCUCUCUCGAAGGAGCUCUUCGGGUUUGGAGUCGGGCAUUUCUUUACCUGAAAUUUGCUGGUCGCUUUGUCUAGACAAUUUGGAAGGUCACUUUGUCUAGACAAUUUGGUAGAGCUAGGUUUUGUUGGAUGAUUGUGGGUUAUAAGCACAGCAAUGAGUAACCAUCCGCUGGAACUUGGGAGGCCUGCUUCAGGUAAAAGAAGACUAAAAAAUCUAUUGCUUCAAAAUGACAAUCGUUUUUGUGCGGAUUGUGGUGCCCCAGAUCCUAAAUGGGCGUCUGCAAAUAUUGGAGUUUUUAUAUGCUUGAAAUGCUGUGGUGUACAUAGGAGCCUCGGUACCCAUAUAUCUAAGGUUUUGUCCGUGACGUUGGAUGAGUGGUCUGAUGAUGAAAUUGAUGCAAUGGUUGAAGUUGGAGGAAAUACUUCUGCUAAUGCAAUUUAUGAGGCUUUUAUCCCAGAAGGAUAUGCAAAGCCUGGACCAGAUGCCACACACGAGCAGCGUGCGCAAUUUAUUCGGGCUAAGUAUGAGCUUCAAGAAUUUUUGAAGCCCAGCCUGCGGAUUGUGUCACUUCCUACAGGAAAAAGUUCUCUCCAGUCAACUGUUUCCAGAAAGAUUCUGGGUGGUUUUCGAUCAAAUUCUUCACAAAAAUCGGAAGGCAUGGUAGAAUUUAUUGGACUCUUGAAGGUCAAAGUGAUAAAAGGCACAAAUUUAGCUAUCAGAGAUAUGAUGUCAAGUGAUCCUUAUGUUAUCUUGACUCUUGGGCAGCAGACUGUUCAGACGACUGUAGUAAGGAGCAACUUGAACCCGGUCUGGAAUCAGGAACUCAUGCUCUCUGUUCCUCAGCGUUAUGGACCCUUGAAGUUGCGCGUGUUUGAUCACGACACGUUUUCAUCUGAUGAUAUUAUGGGAGAAGCAGAGGUUGAUCUUCAGCCCUUGAUAACAUCAGCAAUGGCAUUUGGAGAUGCAGGGAUGUUUGGGGACAUGCAGAUUGGAAAAUGGCUGAAAUCACAUGACAAUGCCCUCAUAGAGGAUAGCACCGUUAACAUUGUUGAUGGCAAGGUGAAACAGGAGGUGCCCCUCAAGCUCCAGAACGUGGAAUCUGGGGAAUUAUAUCUAGAACUAGAGUGGAUGCCUCUUGACCAAUAGGUACAUAUUUUAUUUUAUUUUUUCUUGCCAUUGCUUCUAAUAAAAAUGCUGUACAAUUGAUCGAGUUACUCAUAUGGAAUGAUUCAGUGCACUCGUCUUCUCUCACUUCUAUUUAUUAAUUUGAAUUUAUUUAUUUUUUUCUUUCUUUUCUUGUCAAUGUCCAAAUUGUGGGAGUGACAAAGAUCAGAACAUGCAACUUUGUAUAUUGGUUUAUUUCAACUUGUAUAAGCCUGAGGUGUGGUGGUGACUCGUGAGUAUUGACAUACAAAAGCAUUGUGAAUAUAUAUCAACCGCUUUUUAAACCUAA